CGUAUGACAGUAAUCACAAAUGAAUUUUAUGGUUAAGUUUUAAGCAGCCGGGAUACAAAAAUAUGGCAUUAGAUUUAACAGAAAAAAUAUUGCAUCACUUAAACAAAGUGAAUCAAGUUGAUACACUAGACUUAGCACAAUUGUUUAAAGAGGAUCAUCAAAAAGUUAUCGGUGCUUUAAAAAGUAUUCAAGCUAACGGUGACUUAGUGAAUGCCGAACCACAGACUCAUAAAAGAUGGGAGCUAAGUGGAGAAGGAAAAGAAGUAGUUGAAAAAGGAAGCCAUGAAGCCGUUGUAUAUUAUUCCUUGCCGGACGAUGGAAUGCCUCAAUCAGAAUUAAUGAAAGCGUCACCAAAUGCAAAAGUUGGUUUUAGUAAAGCAAUGUCAUUAGGAUGGGUUCAAGUCGAUAAAGCAUCAGGAACACCCAUUGUCAAGAAAAAAUGUGAUACAAUCGAUGAUACGGUACAAAAAAAUUUAAAAUUAAUUAUUGAAAAUAAGGACAAUGCAAUUCCUGAUAAGGAGAAACAAGAAUAUAAAAAACGUAAACUACUACAAGAAAUUGUUAUAAAAUCAUUUUUAUUAACAAAAGGUAAAGAAUUUGCUACGGAAUUGAAGAAAUUUGAAGCGGAUUUGACAACGGAAAUGUUAUUAAAUGGAUCUUGGAAAAAUUUAAGUUUUAAGGCAUAUAAUUUAGAUGCUUUAGGAGUACCACCUGAGGGUGGAUAUUUGCAUCCACUUUUGAAAGUACGUACUGAAUUUCGACAAAUUUUCUUAGAAAUGGGAUUUUCUGAAAUGCCAACGAACAAUUUUGUUGAAAAUUCGUUUUGGAAUUUUGAUGCUUUGUUUCAACCUCAACAACAUCCAGCUCGAGAUGCGCAUGAUACAUUUUUCAUAUCCGAUCCAAAAUUGUCAACAAAAUUUCCUGAAGAUUAUUUAAAACGAGUAAAACAUGUCCAUUCGCAUGGUGGAUACGGUUCACAAGGAUAUGGUUAUAAUUGGAAACUUGGAGAAGCUCAGAAAAAUUUGCUACGAACACAUACCACAGCAUGCAGUGCUCGAAUGUUAUACCAAUUAGCGCAACAAAAAGAAUUCAAACCAGUAAAAUAUUUCAGUAUCGAUCGUGUAUUUCGUAAUGAAACCUUAGAUGCUACACAUUUAGCGGAGUUUCAUCAAGUUGAAGGUGUAAUUGCAGAUUAUAAUCUAAACUUGGGUCACUUAAUUGGUGUUUUGUAUGAGUUCUUCAAUAAAUUAGGUAUUACGCAAUUAAAAUUCAAGCCAGCAUAUAAUCCGUACACUGAACCUAGCAUGGAAAUAUUUUGUUAUCAUCCUGGUUUAAAAAAAUGGAUUGAAGUUGGUAAUUCAGGUAUGUUCCGUCCGGAAAUGUUGUUACCAAUGGGUUUACCGAAUAAAGUUCGUGUAAUUGCAUGGGGAUUAUCGUUAGAACGACCGACAAUGGUGAAAUAUGGUUAUAAUAAUAUUCGUGAUUUAGUUGGACCUAAAGUAGAUUUACAAAUGGUGCAGAAUACUCCGAUUUGUCGGUUAGAUAAAUAGUUAUCUAUCAUUUUUAUAUUAUAAUUGU